UCGUCAACUCGGCAGGCAGGCUGUCAGGCUGCUUUGCGAAGGCAGCUGUUGUCAUUCAUUCCACAGAGCAUCAACGAGGCGAGCCCCACGGACACGACAGAGAUGAGUCCGUGGACACCAACGUAAACGCACUGUCGCCAAAAUUACAUUCUGUGAUAAAGGUCCAAACGUUAAAUCAAUGGUACAGAAAAGUAGUAUGUCCAGGACGCCUUCCACCUCGACCCAGGAGAUCCAAAUGGACAUGUUCGACCAUCAUCCUCAAUCACAGGGCAAGUAUGCCAAGAGGAAGAGCCGCUUCAAGCGCUCAGAUGGAAGCACCUCGUCCGACACGACAUCCAACAGCUUCGUCCGACAGGGUUCGGCCGACUCCUACACCAGCCGGCCGUCGGACUCCGACGUGUCCCUGGAGGAGGAUCCCGAAGCCUUGAGGAAGGAGGCGGACAGGCAGGCCCUCGCCACGUUGGAAAAAGCAAAGACCAAACCUGUGGCGUUUGCGGUACGGACAAACGUGGGCUACAACCCGGGUCCCAGUGACGAUGUUCCUGUGCAGGGAAUGGCCAUAUCCUUUGAAGCCAAAGACUUCCUACACAUAAAAGAGAAAUACAACAACGACUGGUGGAUCGGGCGUCUGGUGAAGGAGGGCUGCGAGGUGGGCUUCAUCCCCAGCCCGGUCAAGCUGGAGAACACCCGGCUUCUACAAGAGCAGAGGAUGAGGCAGAAUCGACUUAGCUCCAGUAAAUCCGGGGGGAGCUCUAGCUUGGAUGUUGCCACAGGAACACGCAGGCCCACCCCACCCGGCACAGCGCACGUGGACGUGCCAACGGUGACCUAUGACGUUGACCCCUUGGAGCUGGAUGGCGAGGACCUCCCUGAUUCGCAGGGGGACCCUCACUCCCCCAAGGGCAUGUCCGGCAGCGUGACCUCACCUCAGGCCAACGCGCACCGGCUGCCCUUCUUUAAGAAGAUGGAGCACGUGCCUCCCUAUGACGUGGUUCCUUCCAUGAGACCUAUAAUCCUGGUUGGACCGUCGCUCAAAGGCUACGAGGUGACGGAUAUGAUGCAGAAGGCUCUCUUUGAUUUCCUGAAACACAAGUUCGAGGGAAGGAUAUCUAUCACGCGGGUCACGGCGGACAUCUCGCUGGCUAAGCGCUCGGUCCUCAAUAACCCCAGCAAACACACCAUCAUCGAGCGCUCUAGCACCCGCUCCAGCCUGGCUGAAGUUCAGAGCGAGAUCGAGCGCAUUUUCGAGCUGGCCCGCACGCUGCAGCUGGUGGCCCUGGACGCCGACACCAUCAACCACCCGUCUCAGCUGGCCAAGACCUCGCUGGCGCCCAUCAUCGUCUACAUCAAGAUAGCAUCACCUAAGGUUCUGCAGAGGCUCAUCAAAUCCAGGGGGAAAUCCCAAGCCAAACACCUCAACGUGCAGAUGGUGGCGGCCGACAAAUUGGCUCAGUGCCCCCCUGAACUGUUUGACAUCAUCUUGGACGAGAACCAGCUGGAGGACGCCUGCGAGCACCUGGCCGACUACCUGGAGGCUUACUGGAAGGCCACGCACCCGCCCAGCAGCAACCCACCCAACCCGCUGCUCAACCGCACCAUGGCCACGGCCGCGCUGGCCGCCUCGCCCGAGCCCGUCUCCAACCUGCAGGGGUCUAACCUGGCGCACGGAGAGCCCCCAAAGAGGGAGGGGACGGAGAGCGGAGGGAGCGAAUACCAGGGAGGAAGACAUCAGCAACAGCAUCAAGAACAGCAGCAACAGUCGUACCUGCGCUCCUCCCGCGGUCAACUGCGAGGGGGCGGGGGCCGCGGUCUAUCCCGACAAGACACCUUCGACUCAGAGACGCAGGGCAGCCGGGACUCGGCCUACACCGAGGCCGGAGACUCCUGCAUGGACAUUGAGACCGAUCCCUACGAGGAGCCGGAGCCUUACCGCGGCGGAGGAGGAGGGGGCAGCCGCCUACACUCGGCGCAGCACCACGGACGCCAGGCCUCCUGGGAGGACGAGGGAGCCGAGCCGGACCAGGAGAACCUGAACCAGCCGCCGGUGCCCGGUCAGGGGGGACGGCAUCACGGGCGAGCCAAGCUGAGAGAGCGCUACUGCCAGGAGCCGCUGGACACGGGGGCCCACAAGGGCCGUAACAAGAACCAGGAUGACUGGGGCAGGGACGUCUACAUCCGCUGAGGAGAGGAGAGGAGGAGGAGACCACAAAUGUUUACAUCCCAAAACUACAGUAAUCCCCUUCUAUUUGCCCGACCCAAAAAAGCUUUUAAAUGUAAAAAAUACUCAAACAAGUACACCGUUAAAAAGUACCGGGACAGCUGGCAAUGAAGGAUCAUGUUCCAGUGCUAUUGACGAUUCACAAAACAUGCUAAAACCAAAUCAUCAAACAGUUAUAUAUUGUUUUCCUGUAUAUAGUAGUCAUUCAGAAAAAGCAUUGUUUACUUGAAGAUUGAUUUAAUUUGAGGUUGACAAUUAAUCAGCCAUAUGCAGAUUUUGAACAGUCCGUCAAAAAUUCUAAUAGCUUUCAAGCGCUUUAUACAGUCAAGGUGAAGUAACAUGUAAAGCCAAGCACACAUAACGAAUAAAAUUACUCAUAUUUCACACCAAAUUACAAAAUACGCCCGGUACCUUAAUGCUAAAAUACAAUAUAAGACGCCAUUCACUCGCUUAUGAAAAUUAGCAACAUGAGUUAGGUAUAUCAACAUCUAUUGUUAGCGAAUUUUCAGUUAUUCAGUGCUGCUAAUUUUUUAAAAAUAUUUACUUCAUACGUGAAAACUACUUUCUAGUGUUGUAUUUUGAAAAGUUCUCAAAAAAGUAAAAUAUCAAUGGUUUUCAAGCGCUUUCUAACAAUUAAGUGUGAGCUAACAUGUAACGCUAAGCACACAUAACAGAAAAUUGCUCAUAUUGCACAGUUGCACACUAACAAAAUACGCCCGUUAGCUUGAUGCUAACAUACAAUAGACGACGCCAUUCACUCGCUUAUGAAAACUAGCAUUCCAAGCUAUAUUGUCUAUUGUUUACAAGUUUUCAGUCAUUCAGUGCAGCUAAUUUGGUUAAUAUUUACUUCAUACAUGAAUAAAAUGUGAAACUACUUUCUAGUUUUGUAUGUUUUUGAACACUCCCUCAAAAAAGUCAAAUGUUGAUGGGUUUCAAGCGUUUAUUACACUCAAGGGGGAGGUAACCUGUAAAGCUAAGCACACAUAACAGAAAAUGACUCAUAUUGUGCACUGAAUUACAAAAAACACCUUGUAGCUUAAUGCUAACGUACAAUAGAAAACGCCAUAGACUCGGUUAUGAAAAUUAGCAUCCCAAGCUAUAUUGUCUAUUGUUUACAAGUUUUAAGUCAGUCAGUGCUACUAAUUUUGUUAAUAUUUACUUCAUACGUGAAUAAAAUGUGAAACUACUGUCUAGUUUUGUACGAUUUUGAAAAGUCCCUCAAAAAAAAGUCAAAUUUUGAUGAUUUUUGAGCGCUUUAUUACACUCUAAGUGGAGGUAACUUGUAAAGCUAAGCACACAUAACAGAAAAUUACUUAUAUUACGCUCUGAAUUACAAAAUACGCCUGGUAGCUUGAUGCUAAAAUACAAUAUAAGACACCAUUCACUCGCUUACGAAAAUUAGCAUUAUGAGUUAUAUCAACAUCCAUUGUUAGCGAGUUUUCAGUUAUUCAGUGCUGCUAAUUUUGUUAAUAUUUACUUCAUACAAGGAUAAAAUACAAAACUACUUGCUAGCGUUGUUUGAUUCUGAACAGUUCUUGAAAAAGUAAAAUAUCAUAGCAUCACAAAUGACAUCAACAUCUGUAGUUUGGAAGAGUUUUCAGUCAUUCAGCGCUUCUAAUUUUGUGAAGAUUUACUUCAUAUGUGAGAAAAAUGUCAAAAGUACUCUCUACUUUCUCAUGUUAUCAUUACAGACUAUUUAAAACUAUAAGUUAAGGCAACAUGAGGGGAAAAAACUUUUUAAAAAUCAUUAAAAGAAUUGCGAUGGGGUGAUAUUUUUGGAGGGGGGGCUAAUCGCCUAGCCCUAGUCACCUUUAAUAGGAGAGAUUUUAAAUAAUGAAAUAGUUUUCUAGAUAAAAAUGCUCGAUUUGGUGAAUUUGCCAAUAGUAGGGGAUUUCUGUACUUUGCUUUUACACGCUAAUACUGCAUGAAUGUCACGAGACAGCACGAGAACACUACUUAUGAUUGUCAUCUCCGUCAAGCUUCAGUAGAAUGUGAGGAUGUCGUCAGGUCUGUCCUCCAAAGUCUUAAACAGGGUCUAUAUCACUCCCCCCACCCAACCCCAGCCC